UCUGCUCUGUUAUGGCCUGCAUCGAGGUCCAAACACCAACCGUCUGCAGGGUUCUUCAGCUCAGACUUCAGCAGAGACGCACUCGGGAGCAGCUCGUGGAGCAGGGCAUUAUGCCGCGCUAACGUAUGGUGAAAAAUCAGUUAACCGGGCCAUGUGGGAAAAAACCAUUCAUCUAGACUACUUUCAUCUUGCUCUGUCUAGCAGAAUGCUGACUGGUUUCAUUACUGCAGAUAAGAUCAUUCAGCCUGGUCCCCACAGGAGAUUGUUAGAAACAGUGAAAAUGCUACGAUUUUGAAGAACCGACUACAACACUGAAGACUCCUGCUGCUUUUCAUGAACAGAUACGAAGCCUUGAGAGAGCCAGGACUGAGAAUUUCCUGAAGCACAAGAUUAGUAGCAGACCCGAGCGUGCUGAGCUGGUCCGCAUGCACAUCCUCCAAGAGAGCCAGGCAGAGCCGUCGCUGCAGGCCACACAGAUGAAGCUCAAAAGGGCUCGUCUGGCUGAUGACCUGAACGAGAAGAUUGCACAGAGGCCUGGUCCGAUGGAACUGGUAGAGAAGAACAUCCUGCCCGUAGACUCCAGCGUGAAAGACGCCAUCAUCGAAAGUGAGGUGAGCUACCAAAAGCCCCUGGCUGUGUAUAAUGAUGAGGACAGCAGUGAAGCUGUGUCCCCGGAGGAUCCGGCCUGUCAGGAAGCUCAGUGCUCUGUCCCAUCACCCAGAGAGGCCAAACUGCCAGAGAUCUCCUCUGCUACUCUGACCGCCGGCUCCAACCUCCAGCCCUGUCCACCUCGGAGCCAGAGCUCGGAGUUACUCAGUCAGACAUCAGCAGAGGAUCAGACGAACACUCAGCCCGUAACUCCUGCUCAGCCGGUCUCCACCGCUCACCCUGUCAAAUCGGGCCUUACCCUUGUGAAGCAAAGCCAACCCAAGCUUCCCAGUGAAAAGAGUCGAAGCAAAAAGAGCAAGGAACCCAAGCCGAGGGUAAGGAAGCUCAAAUACCACCUGUAUAUUCCACCAGACCAAAAACAGGAGCCCAGUGAGGCCCCGAUGGACUCGGCCUACGCACGAUUGCUUCAGCAGCAGCAGCAGUUUCUGCACCUGCAGAUCCUUAGCCAGCAACAGCAACACUACAACUAUCAAGCCAUUCUACCUGCACCUUUCAGGCCUUUGCCUAAGGUUCAUAGCAGCUGUCCUAACGGAGCCGUUGGAAACAGUAAAGUUUCCCUGCCCAGUGCUAUACCUGGAGUCGGCAACAACAGCGUCAACAACUGCAAGCGUGGCCCUCGGCCUGCGACCCUAGACGAAAUGAAGGUGGCAGAACUUAAAAUCGAGCUGAAGCUGCGUGGUCUCCCUGUGUCUGGCACUAAAACAGACCUUAUCGAGAGGCUCAAACCCUACCAGGAGAGCUACAAGGUCACCAUCACUCAACAGACUGAGACCAAUGGCAUCAUUGCUCCACUGGCUAGUCAGAAGACAGAGAGCAUAAGCAUGACUCCCCCAGUGUCUCCAGUGCACUCAGAGGUUUCCACUGGGAGUAUGGAGGAGAGCAGCGACAGCAAAACCCUGGCUGCCACAUCUCCAUCCAUCAUGAAGACAGAAGAUACAUCAGUGGAGGCGCCAGUACCUGAUAAAGAUCAGAGCCUGUAUGAAAAAGAGCGCCAGAUAGAGGAGCUGAUCCGUAAGCUGGAGCAGGAGCAGCGUCUGGUGGAAGAGCUCAAGAUGCAGCUAGAGGUGGAAAAGAGGAAUCAGCAGGGAGUGGCGCAGCAGCAGAAGCAGCUUGAACCUGAAACUCUUAAUAGGAUCAAAGAGGAGUGCGAUGCUUUCUCCAGCUGUGGCUCCACUCUGGAAAAGGAAGAGUCACAGGAGCAGGGACAGCAGUAUUUCAUUGCUGCUGCAGCAGGCAUGCAGGCCUCCCAAACCAUCCUCAACACUCAACCAGAGCAACAUAUCCUUCCCAAACCCAUCCAUCUUCAACAGACGCGUCCGGAUCUCCAAACCACAGUGUCCGUCCUGGCUCAAACAGAAAGUCCAGCAUUUCAGCAGCACACAAAUCCAACACAGGCUGCACCUCAAAUAAUAUCCGUGUGCAGCAGCUCUGGCCCGGGUGUACAGCUGGGGCAGAAGCAGGAGCAGCAAAGGCCUGAAGUGUCUCAGUCCUCUUCACCUAGACACAGUCCUCCAAAUGGAUUCAACACCAAACCCACUUCUCCCUGCCAGCCCACUUACAUCCUUCCACCAUCUCCAUUCAGCAACCAUCACAGCCCCAAGAACAAAGACCCUCCUCGCUAUGAGGAGGCUGUCAAACAGACUAGAGCACUUCAGGCUACUAUGCAGAUCCCCACCGCUGUCAGUCAGCACAUGGACGACUUGUUUGACGUCUUGAUCGAGAGUGGAGAAAUCUCGCCCCUGCUCCGACAAGAUCCUGACUCUCCGGAGAAACUUCUGCCUGUGACUGCCAGCGUCACCACUCUUCCCAUCAACACUGCACUGUCUCGUCCUCCACCUCAGGUCCACGUGGCCCAUAUGCCCAGUCUCGUGGCACUGGCCUCAGAUCACCAGCUGGAGGCUCUACUGGACGGAACGCUGGCACCCAACACAGAGCCUCGUGCUCUCCGCCUCAUGGAGGAACUGCACAGCCGGUUGUUUGAGUCACCCCCUUCACCUAUGGACACCAGCGAGCUGAGAUUUUCCACUCCGCCACCCCCAUCGCUCCAGCUGCAUGACACCAACCUGGACAACAUGGAGUGGUUGGACCUGACCGUGCCAGGGUCAGCUGGACUCUCUGCACCAGCCUCCAUCUUCUCCUCCAACUUCCUGGACUCUCACAAUUUGCAGUGGGACUGAAAGAAAAGAAGCUUCCAUUAAGGGUAGAACUUCAGAGGUGGUGUAAGUCUUACAGUCACUGGGAGAGUCAGAGAUUUGGACCAGAUGAUUACGGCACUAGAGAAUGGAGAAUUCUCUCAGCCUCCGUUAAGUCCAGAGUGAUGUUACUGGAUCUCUGUUAUAACUGUGUAACGGACACUGACCAUGAGUCCUUCAGCAACUGCAGUUUUUUUUUAUUUGGGCCUAUGUUGGUGGCCAGAUGUUUCACAUAUGUGCACUGAUAACUGUCUUCGAAGACAGAAGGAAUGUCAGCCAUUUCAUUCGUUAUUUUCCAACAUUUCCAAGAUAUAUAUAUAUUGUAAUGGACAUGUAGCAGGCACUCGUAGCAGGCAUCCAAUCCAAGCAUUGUUCCUUUUUUUAUAUAUAUAUAUAUUGACAGACCUGUCCACUAGGACCCACAUUUAUAAAGUGUCAAGAGAUUAAAAACAGAAUUAGCGUUGGUGAAAUAUUAAUAACUGGUGCAUUUGUGCCUUUAAUAACAGAAAACUCGAUCGUAUGGUGGUUGUGUUUAACGUGUUCAAAUUUGAUCUAGUUACUAAGCUGCUGAGUUCGCAAAAUGACGUGAAAACGAGACAUGGAAAUGAACAUGUGACUGUGAAGUGACCGCUAAUUUAUUUGGUCCUGUAGCAAGGUUAUGAAAAUGAAAAUUCUUUUUCACGUGUAGUAGCUCUUUAAUUUACACACACAGAGAGAGAGAGAGAGAGAGAGAGAGAGAGAGAGAGAGAGAGAGAGAGAGAGAGAGUUUUCCUUUUGAUAGCUUUAAUGUUAUUUCUAAGGGGACAUGGUGGCUUGGUGGUUAGUAGGUUUGUCUCACGUCUCCAGGGUCGGAGGAUGGAUUUCCGCCUCUUUCCUGUACGUGUGUGGAGUUUAUAGGUUCUCCACAUGCUUCAGGGCUUUUCUUCAGGUUCUCCAGUGUCCUUCCCAAUCCAAACACAUGUACUGUAGGCAGACUCGCAUCUUUAAAUUGUCUCUAGUGUGUGAUUGUGCCCUGCGAUAGACAGACGUCCUUUUACAGGGUGUCUCCUGCCUUGUGCCACGAGUCUCUGGGGACAGGUUUGAGGUUUGCAGUCUUUUGUGUCAGCUGUAAACGAGUGCCUUAAUUUGAAUGCUGAACACACAGCCACAAUCCUUGGCAAAAAGCCUCGUGUGUUUGUUGCCUUGUACUUUUAAAUUUAGUGCAAAUGAUUUUCAUGGUCUGGGGACUGCGAGGUCAGCGUCAGAAGCUUCCCUGCUCUUUGGCCGUACGCACCGAGCUGGACUUCUGCCCUGUGCUGAUCGUCGUCAUGUCGGAAAGUCCGUCGUGCUCCACGUUCAGCUUCCUGGCUGAUGCAUGCAAAUCUACUUUCGAGGAUUUCUAAUAAUAAGCUUUGUUUAUUUCUCUCCAUGCAGAAAGAUUACAGUUAUUUCAAUAAUCUCUAGAUGAAGUUUGGUUUAUUUCACACAGGCUGUUUUCUCCUUUCAUUUUCAUUCAGAUGUUCCCUUAUUGUAGAUUCUGACCUGGCCACUUUGUCUCAGAGAUACUUAGAAGUCUUUGCAUCGCACACGGUUUUCCUGGUGGUUGAUUCAGAAAUCUUAACCUGAUGAUUUUUUGUUUUUCCACAGAAACGCUGGUUUUCGAUGUCUUUAUUGUUUUAAUAUUGCUGAUAAUAUUGAAUAUUAUGUAGAAUGACUUGUCUCACAGAUUUUCAGUUGCUUUUAUUAUAGCAUUCAGUGCAGGCGUACACAAAACACACACCGAUAACAACAAACACCACGCCGUUUACAGACUAGUCAGAUUCAGAACAUUUACAGUGAAUUUACUUGUAUAUGACAUACAAGGGUGACCUGCCUUAUUAUUAGGAUCAGUGUGGUAUAUGCAAAUGUCUGCGAUGAUUGAUUAAUAGCUUCAUCUGGGCAUCAUUACUAAAUAAAUUUAGAUAUUAUAAUGCUAUGUACAGUGGAAAAAAAAACGGUUACCCGUUCCACCAAGAACGGUUGCUGAACCCAUUCACUUAGGAGCAGAACAGUUUUUUUAGGUGCUGUAUAAUUCAUUGGCUCAUUCACAUGUACACUUUGACCUUUACGUGGAAUCAUUUUAAUAACAAAAGUCAACGAUCUCAUUUCAACAGGAGGUGCAGGGACACGUAGUGAAACAAUCAGCAGGCAGAGAGACAAAGUGCUGGAGUAAAUGAGCUGUAUUUUAUAGUCAGGCUUGAAAUGGUUUCCUCAAGACAGAGGCAUUGAUUGAAGGUCCAGAACGUUCUACAGAGGAACUAACUGAGCUUGAGGCAGGUUUCAGUCUUGUUAUAAAGCAUCAUAACCACCACCACAAGCCCCGACACCUGUUUUAAUGCAUCUGCCUCUGACUGCACAAGCGCUAGUGUAUACUGGAAACUAGGGUACUCCAGUUCAGUGCUGGUUCUGCUUUGCUGUUCAUUUUCAUGAGGUUUUCUUUUGUGUGUGUGUGUAUGCCAUGUGCCAGUGUAAAAAUGCCAUCACUGUACAUAGAGCUUUCUGUGUCAUUAAAACGUAUGUAUGGUUCCCA